AUGGCUGAUGCUGCAAACUAUAACGGAAGCAUUGGAGUCCAAUGCGGCAACCACGCAUUCGGAGAAUUCGCGGCAGGAUCGGAUCACUGUAUUCGGAACUUCCACAACGCAAUCGAUAAAUGGCCAGAGUGUUGGCAUCUGCAGGAAGGGCUUGGUAAAUACUUUGAGCAGAAUGGAAGGAAGGAAGAUGCAAUCAGAUUUUACGUCGAAGCCAUGAAAGUCGACACUAAUUUGCCUCUCUCGGCUGCAUUCGACCACUGGAAGCUUAUUGCGGAAAGCAAGGAAGAAUCAGGUGAUACCGAAGGUGCAAUUGAAGCGUGGAAGACCGGAGCUGCCCAUGUGCCUGAUGAUGCCGCACAUCAAUAUUGGGAUGCGAUGGUCAAAAUCCGUGAGAAAUCUGGAAAUGGAAAUGCCAUGGCGGACCUCUACAAGGAAGCUAUCAAGAAGCACCCGAGUGCUUGCAACUACUUCACAAAAGAGCUCGCAGAGGUUUAUGCACGUGGAGGAGCAAGACAACUCCAGUUCCAGACCUUCCAUAGUGCGAUGACAAUCGAUCCCGAUAAUGUUGAGGAAUACGGCAAGCAAAUUCGUCGUAUAGCUUUGGAAUUGACGGACCGUUGCAUCUUCCAACCUGUGGAUUUUAUUCUUGGGGUUGGGAUAGAGAGCGAUCCGAGCAAUGCCGCAGAAUAUCACAAAGAGCUGGGAUAUGCGCACAUGUGUCGCCGAAACUGGAUGGAAGCAAUUGACCAAAUCGGCACAUUUGCUCGUCUUACCCAAGACGAUUGGGCUUACCUUGACAUCGGAAAUGCAUACUUAGGCCAAGGCAAUGUUCAGGCCGCUAUUGCCUCGUACAAUCAGGCGAUCAAAAGUAAAACCAGCUAA